UAUUUCGUCGCGCAAAGAGUCAUGGGAUUCUCCUUAUCUGACAAGCCAGCAAGCGACGGCCAUGCCAAGAAUGGCCUUUCUUUCAUAGGCCUUUUGCAUCCGAUCCGUCCAAUGAGUUUUCCAUGUGUUCUUGGCAUGAACGAAGUUGGAUGGGAAGAUGGAGCGUACCACAGCAAUGGUAUGACUCCAAAACUCGUAGGACGCACCAGUAAUGGUGGAUCGAAGACGAACAACGGUGGCUUCGAAAUUGUAGGUGGAAAAUCGAACGGCGAAGUUGCAAGUUACCUCUUCCAGCGUCAAGGAGUCGCUACCAGCUUUUCUAAAACAGUUGCAGAAAACGACAAAGGCAAUUUUUCCGGCCAGCGAUGGUCAUCAGUUGGUGAGGGAAUGUCGGAUCAGACAAAUUCUAAGGAUGGAGAACUGGACGACAAGUUCCAGAGCUUGUCUCUGAAUAACAAUGAAAAGAAAGCUGAUACACCAAUAGAGGAGAUUGCUUCUACUGCAAAGAAACUAUGGGAUGUUCAAGACUCUGGCGAGGAGAAUCAAGGGGGUAUGACAUCUGGCAUUUUCUUUGGGGAGCAGUGGAGGGAGACAGCCUGGGGCCCAUCAGUACCUCAUAUGGCACAGUCGGAGCAUGCUGUGUCGCAGCCAAUCAUGGUACAGCGUCCAGCCAAAGGGUCAAACUUUAAUAGUACUGCAGAGUCUCAGAGUGUACUGUCGCCCAGAUCAGCUGAUGGAGUAGGACUCAGCAUGGUGGAAUAUGUCUUAGCUUCAUCUCCUGGUGGCCAGGAGCUAGAUGCACAAAUAAUUAAAGCUGGAUUUGGAACGUCUCCAUCGUCUGAUGUCUUGUCAGAUAAGGGAUCUAAACCUAAUGGAGAGAGCAAAGGUAGUAAAGGAGGCUCACCCUUUGAAGAAGGAACAGGAGAAGAACUGAAGAAUGUACUUCAGGAAGAACAAGGACAUGAAUCUCCUAAGCCCUCCCCUAAGCAAAGUGGAGAGGAUGACAAGGCACCUGGAACCUUCAGCCGUACUCCAGGCAGCAGACAACCUUCCCCAACUUCAGGUUCACAGCAGCAAGAUGGUCAACAGGCCACUCAGCCACAGCCACCAUCUCAGCCACCAGUGGGCCAGAACAAAGGCAAGCCUUUUAAACAGUCAGAUCCUAUGGAAGACAUUGUCACACCUGUGGCCUUAAUAGAUCCUCUUGAAAGUGUGCAACUGGAGCAGCUGCCAUUUGCUACCCAGAGGGAGCCUGUGAUUGGCACUCCUACAAGCCCUUCAGACUUUGUGAUGGUUUCUGGGGCAUCCUUGCAAGGCCAUAAUAAUGUCACUUCUCAGCAUGGUCAAUCUCUUCACCUGACACACCAGCAUCAGUUGGCGCUGGCAAUGGCUGCCCAACAACAGCAGCAACAACAACAACAGCAACAGCAGCAACAGCAACAACUGGGAAUGCAGUCUGGCUUACAGUCCACAGGCAUUGGACAUCCAAACCCAUAUUUCAUUACUGCACAGCCUACACAAGAUCCAUAUGGUAAUCCAUCACUUGCUGCUGUCAGUGGUGGUGCACCUCAAGUGGUCCAUCCUCAGUAUGCAGCAUAUAGUGUUCAACCAUGGGGUAUGUAUUCUGCUGGAGCGUCCAACACAGGAGCUGGGUACCUCCAACAACAGCAACAGCAACAGCAGCAGCAGCAGCAGCAACAGGCUCAACAUGCUCAGUUACUUCGUUCCAACUCAGGAGGGAUGACUGGGCGGCCCAUGCAGGGGCAGAUGGAAAUCAUUGGGACACCACCAUCACACCAGCAGCAGGCCAUGGCUGCAGCUGCAUCUACUGGCACUAACUACCAGCUAAUUGCUCCACCUGGUACAACACCAUUAGGGUUAGGAGCCACGGCAUAUUAUGAUCAGUCAGGAAACUUGGUGCUUGGAAAUGCUCAAAAUGUCAACAACAUGGCUACUGCCCAAAUGGCUGCUGGUCAAAUAGGAGCCCUUAGAAUGGUGUCACCAGUGGUGGUAAAUGCUCAGAAUGCAGGUGCCAGUUCUGUUGCAACAGGACGAAUGGGAACUGCCAGUUCAAUGGGUGGGGCAUCUAACAUUGGGCUUUUUGGACAACAGACACAACAGCAGCCACAAUUAAACAGCAGUGCCCUGGGAUUGCUUGGUAGUGUUGUGGGAGGUACCUCCGGUGUUGGUGCUGUAGGAACCAUUCCAGGAGGAGGAACAAGGAGAGAUUCAAUGAAUGCCACAGAAUUUGGCAAACGUGCAGGAAUUACCCAGUACUAUGCAGCCCCAGGUGCUGUAAGCAGUCUUGCCAGUUUAUCAAUUUCAGCACAGCCUUCUUACAAUGCUCCUCAGGAGCUACCAACUCCUCCUCUUCUCUCACAGGGACAGUCGGGUUUUGGUGGCCAGUCAGGAUAUGGGGGACAGUCUGGCUUCACUGUUGGUAGCCCCAUUUCUAAUGGGCUCUCACGUUACAUGCAACUUGCAGCUGCUCCAAGGGAGUCCCACACUAAGUAUCAAGCAUCACUUGGUAGCCUUAGUGGAAUGCAAUUUGGCACUUCUUCUCUUGGGGGAAGCAGCUUUCGAGGGUCUAGAGGGAAAGAAACUGGCAGGAGUAGACUUCUAGAGGACUUCCGCAAUAAUCGUUACCCAAAUAUCCAGCUCCGAGACUUAGCAAAUCACAUUGUGGAAUUUUCUCAAGACCAGCACGGUUCAAGAUUCAUUCAGCAAAAAUUGGAACGUGCUUCUCCCAAUGAAAAGCAGAUGGUGUUCCAUGAAAUCCUUCCAGCUGCAUACAGUUUGAUGACUGAUGUGUUUGGAAACUAUGUUAUUCAGAAGUUCUUUGAGUUUGGGAGUUCUGAUCAGAAGCAUCACCUUGCAAACUGCAUCCGUGGACAUGUGUUGCCUCUUGCCUUACAGAUGUAUGGAUGCCGUGUGAUACAGAAAGCGUUGGAAUGCAUUUCUCCAGAUGUUCAGAAUGAUCUGGUGAGGGAAUUAGAUGGACAUGUAUUGAAGUGUGUCAAGGAUCAGAAUGGGAACCAUGUGGUACAGAAGUGUAUUGAGUGUGUUGACCCAUCCUCUCUUCAGUUCAUUAUUGGUGCCUUUCAAGCUCAGGUGUAUGCUCUGUCAACUCAUCCUUAUGGGUGCCGUGUCAUCCAGCGCAUCCUAGAACACUGCAUGCCAGAACAGACAUCUCAAAUACUGGAUGAACUUCACCAGCAUACUGAAAGACUAGUUCAAGAUCAAUAUGGCAACUAUGUGAUUCAGCAUGUCCUAGAACAUGGCACACCUGAAGACAAGAGCAAGAUUGUCCAUGAACUCAGAGGCCACAUUCUUAUUUUUAGCCAGCACAAAUUUGCAAGCAAUGUGGUUGAAAAAUGUGUAACCCACGCAUCUCGUGCAGAAAGAGCUAUGCUCAUUGAUGAAGUUUGUAGUAGUAAUGACAGUGCCUUGUAUACCAUGAUGAAAGAUCAGUUUGCAAAUUAUGUCAUCCAGAAGAUGAUUGAUGUGGCUGAACCCCCUCAACGUAAACUCCUGAUGCACAGGAUUCGACCUCAUGUUGCUACACUGCGCAAGUACACAUAUGGAAAACACAUUUUGGCAAAGUUAGAAAAAUAUUACAUGACCAUGAAGCCCACACCUGAUUUUCUCCCUUUGACCAAUGGUCCUUUACUUUAGAAAAAUUUCUUAUCCCAGCCAUGUUGUUUUCUUCCAAAUGUUAUCAGACUAUUUUGAAUAGAUGUUUUAAAAUUUCAUUCUUAAAACAUGAAUCUUAAAGCUGAUUUUGAUCUAGAUUUACUUUCAAUUGAUUCAGUUGAGCAUAGUUUUCAUCUUUGUAUUAUUGUAAAUUAUUCAGCUUAUAUUAUCCUGUCUAGUGAAUUGUUGCUUUAAAGUGUUUUAGUGUCUUUAAACAAAGUAUGCAAGGUGGUUCUUACUGGCAAGUUCAAACAUUGUCAGAUUCAAGCUUGUAUUUUAUCAUUUCAGUGGACUGUUAUGAAUCUUAAUGAACUGGCUGUGAAAGAGUUCAGCCGCACUCGGAAAAUUAAGUUGCAUAUCAAUUGCAUGCCUAGCAUAACUUAUAAAUUUAUUGUGAAUUAUGUAUGUUUGUCGAAAGAUGAUCAUAGUCCUGAUGGAUUGAAGAGAUUUUUGGAAACGUAAUAGUUGCACAUACAUGUACUCAACUGAACAAAGUGUAAAACAGAAACAACAAAUAAUGCUGAUCAUAUAUGAAGAGCAAAGACAUUUUCUUGGUAUUCUUAUCCUAUGUGGGUUUUUAGGAGUUGUAAACGUUUAUCAAUUCAAUACUGUUGUAAUAAUGCAGUGGACAUUUUACUAUGAAACAUGAGCCUUCAAAAAGAAAUGAAUUAUGUAUAAUAAGUUAAGUGUACAAUUGUACCAUAUGUACAGGAGAUGGCUUGUUAGUAUGGAUAGUUAAGGACUGUUAAUCUAUUGCCUGUAAAUUGUAAUGAUUUUGAAUAAGCUUAGGAACAUUCUUAUGGUUGGUGAAUUUGAAUCUGUGGUAAUUAGCCUGUGCUUGAUAAUUCAGAGUUGUUCAAUCUUGGAUAUUUGUUUCCUCAACAGCUAGUUAGUUCAGUGGAACACUUUUUCAUUCCAAAACCGAGUAGUAGACUAGGAGCAAGUCCAUCUUAUAAUGAAUUUUGAACACUGAAUUUUCUUACACUUAGCAUAUUCUGUGGUAGGAAAAUUUGUCAGGUCAAUGCAUUUGAAGAGAUCUUGCAUAUUUGCUUUGUCUGGUAAGCUACAGCGUAAUUCCAGGAAGAAAGAGAGUCAGUUAAAUCAAUUCCUUUUCACUUCAAUCGUUCGGUUGCAAUUGUAGAAGGUUAUAAAAAUUGCUUGCUCAAAUACUGUUUUUGCAUUCUGUAGCAAACCUAUUAGCAUGUACAGGAUAAAAAGUUGCAGCUGAGUAGAAUCUAUUGCUAGAACAUGACUAUCACUGCUUUACAGAAAUUAAAACCUUAUGGCGACAAUGGUAAUGACAACACUGUUGAUGUGAAAAUUGAUGAUGAGCAUUCCUCAUGUAAUAAAGAGAGAAUUGCCGAAUACUCACAAGUUAAUGUUUUUCCAACCUUCUAAUAGUUGUAAUUGAUUUUAAAUAUCACUAUUAAACUACCCGGUUCUUGCUUCAGAAUUAAGAACAAGAAGUGUAAAUGUUUCAAUUAAUGAUGAAAAAUCUUUCUUAACCAUGCCUAGCUGGCCGAUGGAUAGUUAGGUCUGAAUAUAUAAUUAACUGUUGUUUAUUGAAUGAGUGAGCUCUAACCUUGAGGAGACAUUAAGUAUCGCUUGAUUGCCAACCAUGUUUCAAGAACAUUCAAGUUUCUAUGUUUUGUACGUAUGUUGUGAAAUAUUUGGAUUUAAUUCAGUCCACAUGAACAACCCGAGCUUCUAUAUAUUUGAUUCAAAACAUUGUAACAAAAUUAAACCAUAAAGUAAUAAUUUUUCAAGUUAUUAGAUGUAUACCUUUGGCCACUUUAAUGAAAUUCCUGUACAUUUUGUACAUUUGUAAAUGACCACCCGUGAAUACAGUGUAUUACUUUGUAACCAACGUACUGUAUAAAGAACCUGCAAAUACUUGUUACACUGACGAUCGUAAAGGGCAAGUCGUUGUUUUGUGUAGUAAGGGUUGUAUUUUUUCAAAAGUCUGGUAAUAUCGAUUAUCUCUGGUUUCCUUUGGUUCUCCACAAAAUAACGACUUGUCCUUGUGACUCGAUGCCGGGCAGGGCAGUUUUCCUUUAGUGACUAGUUCGUUCCACUGUUCAUAUGUAUCCAGGAAUAGACUAUAAAUAAAAAAUGACAUGGUAUAGAGUAUGGAUUCUGUAUCAUGUCAAUCAAAUGCAUGUAGAACUUACUGCCGUUUUAGGUUUUAAUGUAAUUUUAACAGGUUCGUUUUUUCCCGAGCCUUACAGGUGUCAUGAAGCAGAAGGGUUUGUGUUUUGUAUUUUAUUGUGUAAUACUGAUAGUACCGCCUUGUACAAUGUAUGCGGUUGUGUAGACGAUUGUAAAUGAUGUAAAGAAAGUAGUCUUUUGAAUUGCUAUAUUAAAGGUUAAGGUGGUUGCACAAAUAAAUCGUUGUUUAUUGCU